CGAUCACGCCAACCAGGGGGGAGGGGGGUCGGUGUCAGUGGUGCUUCACCUGGCACCCCCACUCCCUGGCCGGUGCUUGCAGGGGGGACGCUGGCAUGCCUGUCUGCCGCCCCUCCCCGCCCAUCGCCUAAGCGGGGAGCGCAGCCUGUCAGGGGGUGCACCAGUGCUCUCAGGGGUACCCUCUGUGUACCCCCUACACAUCACCACUGGCUGACGCAACUACAACUCUUGUUAUGUUUUUAUCCACACAGUGAGAAUAGAGUCUUUAACUCUUAAUUUGAGUGGUCUAACUUGAUUAAGCAGGGCAACAAAGAAUCUUACAGCUUGAUUUUUUUCACUUGUGCCAAGUGAAAGAAAUGAGUCCAAGAUACAAAUUUGGGAUUUCAUUUUGUCCCAAGCCUGGAGGGUCACUUUGGAUUGCAGUUUAGAGCUGAAGCCAUAUUCAUAAUUAGUAUUUUCAAAAUCAAGUAUUAUAAUAUACUUGAAACAUAAAAUUAAUUGUAUAAUGUUUUAAAAACUACCAGUGACAUAACCUGUCCCAGAAUCAUUUUCAGGAGCUUUACGUUUAUCAUCCUAAGCCUUAAUUUCAAUUUUAAAAAUACUUUAAAAAAUAUUGGUUCAUGUUGUAGCAUGUUCGAAGAGUUUUAUUUUUAAAAUGUUACUCUAAUAAGUAUAUUACCAUGGUAAAUAUGUAUGAUAAUUUGGCCCUGUAAUGGCAGAAGUGGUAAAUUCUUCACUGUUAGAGCAGUUAGACAGUAGGAUAGAGUCCAGGGAACUUGUGAAAUCUCUUCAUUGGAGGUUUUCAAGACAAGGUUGGAUAAGUGUUGGUUGGGGAUCGUGGGAUCAUAGGAAAGUAGGGCUAGAAAUAACCUCAUUAGGUCAUCCAGUCAGUCUAGCCCUCUACUCAAGGCAGGAACAUCCCUGACCAAACCUAUCUGGCCAAAUGUCUUUCUCACAUUCUCUUGAAAAUUUUUAGGAAAGGACAUUCUGCAGCUUCUCUAGGUGGCCUGUUCCAGUGCUUCACUGCCCUCAUAGUCAGAAAGUUCCUUCUAAUCUCCAACCUAAAUUUCCUCUGCUACAGUUUGAAGCCAUGAUCAAGAGGGACUAUGCCUAGAGUGUGUUGUAAAGCAUCAUUUCUCAACCAGAGGGCCACAACCCCCUGGUGGGGCACCAGCAGGUUUCAGGGGUUCUGCCCAGCGCAGCCCAGAGUGGGGAGGAGCUGCCUCAUUUCCCCAGGGCUGAGGCAAGUCCUGAGGAAGGAUGGGGGAAGGCCUGCCCCAUGCAGCCCCACAGCCCCUGUCUUGCAGGCAGCUCUGCAGGCAGACAGGUGAGGCUCCUUGCUGCUGCUGCUGCUCAGGUGAGUGGAGCCCUGCAGCUCCCCACCCCCAAGCCCCACCCACUGCUCCCCGGGCCAUGCAGGCAGGCUGGGGAGCCUGGCAGUUGCUGUCAGGCAUCCAGGUUUUAGCUGUAUUGAUCUAGAAGCAAAAGGAAUCAGAAUUUGUGGUAGAGAUGGUAUCUUUUAUUAGAUGAACUAGAUUUUUGCAAAAAAAAAUUAUUUAAUUGCAAGCUUUGGGGCACAAGCAUCCUUCUUCAGGCAUAGGAGAAAAGAUUGUAGAAGUUCUCCUAGGUAGAAAUGAAAGUUCAUAUUUCAUAGGAGAGUUAAAGGUGUGGUAAAAUCUCCUGUUUGGAACAGUUCAUUUUAUGCAGGCUCAGGUAAACAGAUUAUUCCAACUUUUCUCUGAGCCUAACCUCAGUGUGAAUUUGGGAUUUUAACAGAGAAAUCAUAGUUUUUAAAUAAGGAGCACCAGGAUUUCUGCUAGUGAGGCAAGUGGCAGGACCCAGGAAGAGGAGCCAGCUUAAGAUUGGCACCCGGGACCCAGAUGGUGGGCAAAUGAGGUGGCUGACCUCCUGGCUAUUUGGGGCAGUACACACACAUACAUCACCUCUCUUGAUCACUUGGGUAAUGUUUUUUUGAUAUAUUUACAAUUUUAAAGCAAUUUGGAAGCCUACCAGUGCCUCUAUCAUCAUCAUAAAUUCUAAAUAUCUGUAUGCUUUGAUGCUUUUGAUGUUUGCUUUAGGUUUUCUUGUAGAAAAAUUAGAUCUCCCCCUGACCCCUUCACUAACUAGGAUGUGGGGACAGCUGCCCCUGCAACCACAGCUCCUGCCAGCAGGCCUCAUCCUGUUUGGCAUUUGGGCACGCUGCAUAUAUGAUGGGAGGAUGUGGGGUUUGAGUGGGGGGCCAUCACACGUAUUUUGCUGUAUUUGCAAAAGGGGAACAUGCCAAUCUUUUAGCGUUAUUCCUUUUAAAAGUGGCUAAGAAGGGAAGUAAAAGACAUAAAUAAAAUGUGUCUCUGUGAUAAAGUUAAAAAUGUAUGUGUCAAAACUAAUAAUGGGAAGCAUGCUAACACUUCUAAAAGCAAACUAUAUGAUCAGAUGUGGAAGUGUCAAGGCUGAAAGGUCAGUAGUGUGGCUUUGUAAACUCUUAUGAGAGUACAUUUGCAAUUAGCUCUUAUUAAGAUUGCUUAAAAUUUGAAAGAUUCCGUGUUCAGGCUCAUUAACUAGUGCUAAGCACCCUUCCGGCAUUUUAAAGUUAUACCACUUCAGGGGAGGAUUAGGAUUGUUUGGUGUUAACUAGCUAGUUUUAAGCAAAGUUCUGAGCAUUCCACUGACAUAAAAUGACCAUUUUGGAGUCAUCCAGCAUUGAAAUACAAGAAAUAAAAAAAGAUGGAUGGACCCUUCCCAGCCUUCUAUGUAUUCUUCUGCUCCAAGAACAAAUAGUCCAUCUUCCUGAACUGUACAGCAGCUAGCGAGCCCCAUCAGAGAACUGUGGAGGCUGUGGGGCUCCUCAGCAACCCGCCCCCAGCAGCCUGUACUGCAUGCCCCCACUUGCCUGAGAAACUGCAGCCACCCACUUGCUGAGGGAAGACAGUGUCCAUUUAAACCUGAAGCAGCAUCUGGAAAUAUGACAGGAAGGGAGGUGCUACUGGACUUGGCCAAGGCUUGAGCCCUAUUCCCUGGGUUGGCCUGGGGGUUGUCAGCCAGCAACUGGUGAAGUUUCUGUUUGCCAGCCCUAGUUCCCCCCUUCUUAGCCCUCUCCUUGGAGCCUGCUAGCCAGAGUUCUCCCCAGUUUCCCCAGAGGCAACAGGGUGCUCAGCAGCUGGCUGGAACGGCUCCCACCACCCACAAUUUAUUGGAACAAGUGAGAGUCUAGUCUUUCUUUAUUUCUUGUAUUUAAAUUCAAUCAAGUAAAAUGCUUUUAAACAACUAACCUUUACAUAAAAACAUCUAUGCCCCACGUCCAUGUUUUUCCAUCUCCUGGCACAGUGCUCCAGUUCUAGGAACACUGCUCCCCCAAGACCCAGAGCACAGAGAGCCCAAGUGACAGGGCUCAGAUGCAUCCCUACUCACCAGCCUUGUAAUGACAAGUCUGAGCAGUGCACGUUACAGUUUGCACUUGCAAACUCAAAAAUGUAACCUCACCCUUAACACUAUAAUCUGCUCCAUAGUUGACAAUUGUCUGCUGGGAACAAUCAGCAGUUUUUCAAACACAAGUUUUUGGAGCAGUAGAAAUGCUUGCUGUAUUUACAUGGAUCCAAGAUGACCGAAUUUAAGAUGACCCCCAGUAAAUAGGUUCUGUAUGUGGAAAAUGUAUAAAUUUAUAAAAUUUAUAAAUGUUCCAUGUUUAGAUUCUAAUUACUGCAGGUCAUCUCGAAUUUCUAGUCCCACUCUUCCCCUCCCCCACACUAUUAUGUUGGGGAAAGCAUCAGCGAGGGGGGAGGGGCUAGACCGGGGCAGGCAAUUAUUUUGGCCAGAGGGCCACUUACUGAGUUUUGGCAAGCCAUCGAGGGCCGUGUCGCAGGGCACCUUGGUGCUCUGCUCCUGGAGAGUGGAAACUGCCAGGGAGAGAGCCCUGGCAGGACCUAAGGAGCACAGCUGCGGGUUGCCCGGGGCAACCAGGAAGUCAGCUGGCCGGAAGGGGCAAGGCCUGGCCCUUAUAAAGCCCAGGGCUGAGGCCAGGCUGGCAGUUCCCUGCCAGCAGCCAGAGGGGUAGGAGCUCCUGGAGUUAGGAUGCGAGGAAAAGCCUAACAGCAAGCAUGUAUGAUGCUUAUAACUUUCUUGCCAUACACAUUUUCCUUAAUGGCCUCCUUUCCUGGUGUACCUUUUGGUAUUUUCAUGUUUAGCACUUGUGCUGUUAUCAUUGGUCUUAUCCAGGCAGUUAUAGUAGCAUAUGGAUUUUAUCAUCCAUACUUAUUGAACCACCAGAUACAGGUGUCUGAAAACCAAACCUUCUACAAACAUCAUAUCUUAAAGAUUAUUCUAAGAGGACCAGCCUUGUGCUGCUUAGCUGCCAUCUUCUCCUUCUUCUUUAUUCCUCUGUCUUAUGUGCUGCUUGGACUAGUUAUCUUUUUUCCACACCUCACUCGAUUAAUUAUAUGGUGUAAAAGUAAGGCUGUUGGUGUGAAAGAGGAUGAGGAGGAGCCUCAUAGCUUAGAGUCCUUCUCUUUCUACCUUAGUGAACCUUUGAGUAAAGAACGAGUAGAGGCAUUCAGUGAUGGUGUUUAUGCUAUUGUAGCAACCCUGCUCAUUUUGGACAUAUGUGAGGAUAAUGUUCCUGAUGCCAGAGAAGUUCAAGACAAAUUCCAUAAUAGUCUUAUUGAAGCUUUAAGCAAAUAUGGACCAAAUUUUCUUGCCUACUUUGGCUCAUUUGUAACAAUUGGGCUUCUUUGGUUUGUGCACCACUCACUUUUCCUUUACAUAACAAAAGCAACUAGACUAAUGGGACUGCUUAACACACUGUCAUUGGCUUUCAUUGGUGGGCUUCCUCUUGCUUAUCAGUUGACCAGUGAAUUUGCAGAAAAGUCUCGCAAUGAAAUAGAAACUAUUCAGGUCAGCUGCGUUAUCACUUUCUUUGCCAGCAUCUUUCAGUUCGCAAUUUGGAUCACAGCUCUCUUCUAUGAAAGGGAAACGUUGCAUCCUUUUGCUAGAUAUGGUGGCAAAGAACAUGCCUUCAUGUUUGCCAAGCUUGCCCUCUACCCUUGUGUCAGCCUUGGUGCCUUCUUUCUAACGUGCUUGUUAAGUAAAUUCAGCACAGAGAUUUUUCACCUCAUGCAGAUCGUAGUGCCCUUUGCUUUCCUUGCCCUGCGUAUCUUUGUCAGAAUCUCUUUGGUUGUCAUAAGGUCUAUAAUAAAUCUUUCCCAACGGAAGGAUGUGUCCUUGGAAGAAGAGGAAGCUUGUUUGUCUCCUGCAGAAACACUAUCGUAGAUUUCCGUGCUGUGCAUGUGAAACUGUAGCGUAUUUUAAUUCUAACUUGCAUUAUUUUGGUGUACUGGAAGGCCUUGGUGUAUAAUAGAUACUGGUUAUAACUGGGGCCUCUUUAAUUUUCACUCAACUUCUUCAGAAAUGAAAGAUGCUAAAACUUGGUUGAGUGCAGGAGCUAAAAAACAGCCUGCUUUCUAUUCUUCAUGGACUAGUGGUGUAGCAAAAUUGCUGCCUGAAGCAUCGCUGCAGUGACAAUUGCUUUAGAAACACAUUUAAAAGGUAAGCAGCAUUAUUGCCUUGUUCUAACAAAGCUUACAGAAAUCAGUGGCCCCAACAGCAGACUGGUUGAAAGCAAUUUGCUGCAGUUAGGUAGGGAGGUAGAGGGCAUCCUGGGGGAGGACCCAAAAAAACUUUUUUCUUUUUCUUUUUUUUCUUUUUAUCCUAUUUAGGUAAAUACCCAUCCCUUCCUCCCCACUUCCCCCCAUCUCCCGUUGCCUCCCCCAGUUUCCAAAGUUUAAACCUUCAACCUUCCAUAAGGUGUGUACAGAAGUGCUCUGUGCACAUUUUACAGCACUAUAAUUUAGAGUAAUUUUUAUAGCACUAUGAAGUUACAGUGCUCUUAAACAGAAGUUCAGUGUUUGGUAGUGGGGAGGGGAGGGCUCGAGCAUCCCUGCACUUUCCAGGCUAUGAGGCAGGUGGUGCUCCACAGCUUCCUGGGGCUUCUCCACUGGUCAAAAAUGUGACUAGUGUACAGAAGUUAUUUAAAGCACUGUAGGUUGCUAAAGUGCUGUAAAACGCCGUACUUCAAAUUUAAUACCUCAUUUAACAAGGGUUGAUUUAAAGUGCUAUGCCCAUUUUUAAAAUGCUGUAAAGCCAUGCACUUUUGUUAAGUCAGCAAUAAAGUGCUUUAAAAGGUGAAAAAGCAAUUUCUGUACACACCUACAAAGCCCAUCUGUUCUUUGGCUGCACUUCAAAACCUUCUUUCUUUGGGCUUGCUCUGCUGAACAUGUGCUUAAAUUAUACAGAGGCCACACAUUCGCCUCCGAUCUCCCCAGACUGCCUUAACAAAAAUGAAAGUCCAUUGUCAGUUCCAUUGUUGUUGGUUUUUUUUAAUAUAUUAAAUGCAAUCGUUUCAAGGGGGUUGAAACGAAGAAAUUUUUCAGGGAAGAAACAAAGAAUAUUCAGGGAAGAAAUUUUAAGAUCUGUGGCACCAUCAGUAGCUUUGACUCUUGUUUCUGAAAGAAAUCUGCCAGACAGGGUAAUGCAAGAGGGGUCCAUGAAGUUUUGAUUCCUCUUUUCUGUCUCUGCAAAACCUGUGGGGACCAAAACAAAGAGGGAACUUAUCCAUCAGGCCCCAUAGGGAGGUCCAGUAUACGUGUCAGCAUCUGAGAGGCAUGGUGUAGGGAACACAAGAUUUUUCUACUAUCUAUCCCAGGUCCUGUGUGAAGGAGUUGACGCUUUCUUUACCUAGCUAGCAGCUACCUAUGGAGUUAGUUCAGUAUCUAUAGGCCAGACAGUCCUAGUAAGAGGAUGAAAGGAAAUGAUGCAACAGGAGAAGAUGAAGUUGCUGAAUUUUUGCUUUUAGGCUAUGUGCCUUUCCCCUGAAGACGUCUGCAGAGUUGGGAGCCAUUACUUUGCGUUAUGAAAUAUAUGAGUGCCUGAUACCUCUGCUACUGUUUAAAACUACCCAAUAGGCUCUUACUAAAAAUAUCAUAGCAAAAAACAAAUACACUACUUGUAAUAGAAAAAACAUUUAUACAAUUUUGUCCAGUCCAGGAAACACUUGUGAUUUGUUUGUUUUAGUUCAAUGCACUUUAGUGUCAAAAAGUAGUAAUUGGUGUUAUGCACCUAUUCCAGGCACUGUCUGAAGUUAUGAAGAUUUAUUUUUUGUACCUGGUUAUUCAGUGGUUUACAGUGGGGUUGUGCAUUAUAUUGUAUGUUGCUGUUCACUGUGAAAUAUGAUUAAAGUCAUUUUUUAAAUCUG